AUUUCAGGAGAGAGCUGAAAGUUUAAUUACAGUUGGAAAAAGGCAAAAUUUUUAGCAAAGUAAAUUUAGAUGAUUUUUCCAAUGGAUUUCAAUAACUUAAAUUCAGCCUUACCAAUGCGAUACCCAUAUCACAUGCCUUUCCAUCUACCAAAUCAAAUUGGAUUAAAUGCAGCAUCCAUGCAACAAAAUACUGAUACUCAAUUAACAAGUUUAAUGGUUUCUGGACAUGUCAACCAUUGCCAUACCAUAAAUCACCCUGUCACAUCUGUAGCAGUAGAGCUGGGAACAAGUUUAGAGUCUUCUGGGAAUUUGAAUAUUUCUUUCAACCACAUCACCAAAACAGCUUCUAAUAUUAAAUUUUUGCCACUAACUUGUGAUUCAGUUAAUUUCUCAUCAUCCAGCUCACUUGAACAACCUCACCCAUCUAUUCCUAAUGUGCAUGCUAACAUGACAGGAAAUAUUGAACCAAAGGAAAAUGAAGAUAAAUCUGUCCAUGUGAGCAGAGGGUGGCUGGACAAGGAGCAAACUUGUAACAUGAAUGCAACCAUUGCUUUCAAAUCUCUAGGCUGUCAAGAAUCAAAAGGAAAGAGUAUGAAAAGGGUUCGCUACAUCAAAAAUGGCUGUUCCAAUACCUGCCAGAAACGAUGUAAACAAAAAAUCUCCCAAGUUACAAGAGAAGAGCUCUUUAGUGGCUAUUGGAACCUGGAGGAUGAGAGCAGGAGGAAAGAAUUUAUUGCUGGACAUGCCAAUAAAUUGCCAAUAAUGACAUGCAGGGAAGGGUCAAGAAGGAGGUUCUCAGUGGAUUGGGCCUUCACAGUAAAGGGAGAUUCUUUUUCAGUCUGCAAAUUAUUUUUCCUCGAUACACUUGACAUUUCUGAAGAAACUGCAUACUUGGCAAUAAAGCAUAGUAAUUUUGCUCCAGAUAGUGUCAGCAUUCUUAACAAUAAGGGCAUGGUAAAGAAGAAACCACAGUGGGUCGAAACAGAUUUAGAUGGCUAUACCAAGAAGAUCAAAACACAUGCUAGUCAUGGGUUAAAGAAGAAUAAAAUAUUUGAAUUGAAGCCAGGAUGUAAAGAUGCUUGCAGAAGAAGCUGCCAGUCAAAAUUUACAAAAGAUGAUCGAUUAUCACUUUUCAAUUUUUAUCACAACCUUAGCAAUAUUAGGAAACAACAGAAUUUUAUUUUGGAACAUGUGAGGCGACUGGAACGUAAAUAUGUUAAGUCUGAUAAAGUAACACGGCGAGGUUGCUCGGUUGAAUGGCUUCUACCUCUAAGAGGACUGCAAAUACCUGUUUGUAAGACUUUCUUUUUGCAUACAAUAGGUGUAAGUGAACAUGCAGCAUAUAGGAUUGGCUUGCAAAAUGAUAUAAGACCUGUC